ACCUCCGGUGAUGGCCGAAUCAAGAUAUGGGACACCGUAAAGGGUCAAUUACAGACUGAAUUCGUGGACAUAGCCUCAUCCGAUGCCUCGAACAUGCUUUCCAAGCCCAAAAGCGGCCAUCUUUCGCUUGAUUACACUUGCAUGAAGUGGGUGCAGCUGGAGAGCAAGAAGAAAAAAAAGUUUGGAAGUUCUCUGUUGGUGUUGGGGACGGGGAGUGGCGAUGUUUUAGCACUCGAUGUCUCUGCAGGUCAGUUGAGGUGGAAAGUCAGCGACUGCCAUCCUGGGGGUGUUAGUGCUGUUUCAUUUUCAAAAUAUCAUCAAUGUGUGUAUACAGCAGGUGUUGAUGGAAUGGUUUGCCAGAUUGAUACUAAAACAGGGAGUAUUAUAGGCAAAUUUAGAUCUUCUUCAAGAGCAAUAUCAUCAUUGUCUAUCUCUGCAGAUGGUAGGACAUUGGCCACUGCUGCUGCUCGGUUGAAGGUUUUCAACUGCUCAGAUAACAAGAAGAUACAAAAGCUCUCUGGACACCCGGUGGCUGUUCGAUGCAUGAUUUUCAGUGAAGAUGGAAAGUAUAUCUUAUCAUCCGGAGUUGGUGAAAGAUAUGUUGCCAUCUGGAAAGUAGGUGGUGGCAAAAAGCAGUCUGCUGGUUGUGUUCUUUCAAUGGAGCAUCCAGCCAUCUUUCUGGACAGCAAGGGCCCAGAUGUUGAGGGCACUGAUGAUGAAGGUUUAUAUGUUUUGGCCAUUUCAGAGACAGGUCUCUGUUAUUUCUGGUAUGGAACUAGCAUUGAGGACAUGCGAAAUAGUAAGCCUACCAAGAUUUCAUUGGCUAUUGAUCCUUCCCUUGGAAAAAGUAAUACGGGUUUGGCAGUAUAUGCUGCAAAAUUUCAAAGCAUAACCAAACCUGCUUCUGGGCAAGUAUUCAUUGCUCAUGGUUCCCUGGUAAAGCCAACAUUUGAGAAAGUCAUGGUGCAAUAUGGUACAGAUGUAAAUUUAGGUACCUAUCAAAGUGGGGUUCUCUUACCAAUGGACAAGUCUUCCAUCAUUCGGAAAGCUCAAGCUGCUCAAACUAAAGGGACAGUCACUGCACUAGACCGUUCAAAUGCAGAAGAUGCUGUAUUGCCACUUCCAAAGCUUUAUGGUCAAGACAAGAAAAGAAAGCAUGCUGCAACUCAUUUGGUUGCAGAUAUGAAGAAUGCAAUGGUUGAUUCCAUUAGUGAUAAGAACAAAGUUUUGCCUGCAGAUACAAGAGUUAGCCUGCAAAGAAUGAAAGAGGAUGAUGUUAUAUGUUUAGAGGAUAGGCUGAGAGCUGCAGGAAUUCUUGGUAGUAAAGCUGAUCUCAGCACAGGAAGCUAUCCCGGUGGUCCUAUUAAAACUGCUAUGGACAUGUUCAGUGCCAGCCACUUGUCAGUUGAUGCUAAUGUGCCAACAAAGAAGAUAACGGCACAUAUCUUGUCCAUGAGCUCCAGUGAUGCUUACAAAUUCCUUGAAAUCUUGGUUUCUGCAUUGAAAACAAGAUCAGCCAGUACAAAUCAUGCUAUCCCAUGGAUAUAUUGUAUUUUAGUCAACCACGGUCACUUUAUCACAUCUCAAGAGUCUUCUCUGCAACUUCUUGAUUGCUUGCAAAAGAUAACAGAGCUAAAAUGUGCAGCAAUAGAACCUUUAUUAAAGCUAUCUGGUCGUUUUCGGCUGAUCAUGACACAGAUUAACAUGGCUGGAAAAUGUACAGUUCAAGCACAGUUGGCCAAGCAUCAUGGUGAUGGAGGUGAAGAAGAAGAGGAAGAUGAUGGUGAAGAGGAAGAUAUUGAUGAAGUGAUAUAUGGGGAAGAAGAUGAAUCCCAAAGUGGUAGUGAUGAUGAUAACUAGCGAUGACCAAGGAAGGUAGCUUCUGAUGGUUCAGCUUUUGCAUUGUUUGAGAUCUAAAUUUUUCCCCCUAUGUAUUAUAAGAAUCUCUUUGGAAAUUACUAACUGAAUAUGGUUAGCCAUGGCGUCGGUCUAUCUGUAGCCAUAACAGGCCUAUGGCUAGAGCAGUUUUGUAUUUUAUUAUUUAUUUAUUUGAUAAUAGAGAAAAUAUUACCAGUAUCAUCUAAUAAA